GCCACUCACUCACUCAGUCUCGCAACUCACUUACAAAUCAGUGAGUCAAGAUUCAACCCAAAGAACACACACAGAUACCAUGGAAACAAGACAAACAGACUCCUUUGAUCCCUUCGAGGAUGUCCUCAACCUCGAAGAGCGCUUUUACUCAGAAGGCUACCAACAAGGCAUCAAAGACGGCGUUCAAGCGGGGCGGAUUGAAGGACGAUCUUUUGGUAUGCAAAAGGGCUUUGAGAAGUUCCUCGAAAGUGGCCGUCUUGCCAGCAAAGCUAUCGUAUGGGCGAACCGAAUACCACACAAGGACGGUACUGCUUCAGGAGAGACUUGCACGUUGCCACCACUACCCAAGAACGCAAGACUGGAGAAGAACAUCAACACUCUGUAUGCUCUCGUAGAGCCAGAUACACUUUCGACUGAGAACUCGGAUGAUGCGGUUCAAGAUUUUGAUGACCGGGUUAAACGGGCACAAGGAAAGGCCAAGAUUGUCGAAAAGAUGGCGGGGAGUGGUGGAAGAGAGGCAUCGGGAGAAUCACCAACAUCCUGAGAAUAUCAGAAACGGAUUCGGAGUUUGGUUUGGCGUAUGAACAUCGGUAUCAAAGACUUUCAUAUUUGAAAAAGGAAAAUCAUCUGUAUUGUCAAUGGAAAUUCUAUACCCUCACUACCUCAUAAUUUGUAUCCACAACCACCCUCUUCGCUUCUAAUUUAUUUGAAUGAUCUGCAAGGGUAUCUGUAACAGUUAGCACAUAUUCUCUUCGCGAUUCACCAGCGUCUGCAACGUA